GCUGUCAAAAAGUGACAGUAGAGACAGCUGCAUGGAACAAUUAAUUAAUGUAAAAUUCGUAGUUGGGACUUGGAAACAUUGUUUUUAAUUUAGAAUGUCGCAGGAGGCUUCACACUCUGAGUUUCCAAGCAGCGGGGCCGGCGAUGUAGCCUUGGGCGUGGAGCAACUUAUAAAGGAAACGAAUGAGGAUUUGAAAAAUUUUCGAGUGGAGCAAUCAGAUCUGCGAUCGCUCAUAAGCGCCGUAUUAAACGAGAAUCGACAAUUGACAGGCGAACUGGGCAAGUAUAAGAAAGUUGUGUUUUCCAGCAGCAAAGAGAAACUACAGGAGCGCUUGCAUAUUACGAACAAUGCAUUGUCCAACGCCAUAGCUCAGAUUGAGGCGUUGAAAAAGGAGAAACAUUGUUUACACACAUUGCAGGAAUGCUCACAGCGCACCAUCAAGAACAUGGAGACGGAACUCGAGAGUUACCGCGCACAGCUUUCUCCAGGAGGGAUUGACGAGAUGGCGCAAACGUAUACUAAAACUAUUAAAAUGCUGGAGACCAGGUUGAGUGGGCAGCAGGAGGAACUGCGUACACAGGCUAAACUUAUUAAGGUUCUGCACGAACACAAACAGCGUUGCGGUGAGCAGAUCGACCAGUUGCAAUGUCAAUUAAAGGACCGCCUUCAUCAUGUAGACAUACGGGAAGACAAUCAAACAAAAGUCACUAGUCUACAAAAAAAGCUUAGAGAGUUUGAGAAAUCAUUGCUGCAAACACGCACGUUGCUUGAGGAGAGUAAGAAGCGCGAGGUCGAGGCAAUGCGAAAAGUUCAAGAUGCGAUCACUAUUAGUGAGGCGGCUGUCCAUGAAAAAGAUGAAGCGGAGAAACGUGCUGAAUCUUACAAGGAAGAGGCCCGCAAUCUAGCCUUUAACAUCGGCAGCAUCAUGGAUGAAGCUGCCAAUCGGGUAGACAACGAAGUCACACAACUCAAAACAAAGCUUGCAGAGAAGGACAAAAUUAUUGCCUCGAUACGUGAAAAGCACAAGUCGGCAAUAGACAUAUUGGAAUCUCGAAGCAAUCGUUUAAGUCUCAAAUACAAAGAAGCUUUAAAGCAGAACGAGAUGUUGGAGAUGCAAGUUCAGUCUUGUAACAAGCGUCUAAUAGAACUGGAGCAGUGUACCUUUCACGAUGAAACACAUAAUUUACAAUCCAAAAAAGACUACGAGUCUCAAAUGGAGAACUAUCUGCACUCAUACAAAGAACUCAAAUCACAUUAUAAAGAACUUUUGCAAGAUUUAACAAAUAAAUUUAAAGCCGUUAUCGAGAACUUACAAAGGGAAAAGUGUGAACUGCAGGCCGACAACGACAUGUUCAAGAGUGGAGCUGUCGGAGAUGGGAUAGGAAAGCUUUCUUCUUAGCAUCAUGCACUUGGUUAUAUAUUUUUUAACUUUAUAAUUUAUAGUCAUAUAUGUACAUACUUGUUAAAUAGUUUUAAAUAAAUCUGUGUACAAGCUAUGCAUCAAC